GUCAACGUACAACACAACUGCCAUGCCAAUAAAUGUGAUGCUUCCGAUACAGAGAUUGUCAUGCAGGAACGGGAGAAGACAAUGAAAACCCGACCAUGCAUACAUCACUAUAGGCCUAAUGACUUCAUUCUCAACUCGCUACAGAUGCACAAU